GUUUCAGAAAUCCAAAUACUAAAUUUCCCGCUUCAAUCAUCCAAUACAAAGCCCUCAAAUCCCCUUCUUCUUCCCCUUCACUCUUCAUCUCUUCUUCUCCAUUCACUUGCCGGAUCUCUCUCUCUCUCUCUCUCGCUUUCUCUUAGUUCUCACUUGCUUUUUUAUUUCACGUACUCUACUCUCGUGCAAUGGCGAGCGCACCAACUGCUGGCGGAAUAUCAAAGGUUUUGUCCAAUCCAUCACCGGACUCCCCCUCCGAUGUCCCCGAUGUUGUGGUUCAGGUCAUUGAUCUUAAGGCGACGGGAAAUCGCUACAUGUUUACUGCUAGUGACGGUGUCAUGAAGCUUAAAGCUAUUCUUCCAUCGAAUUUGACUUCUGACGUCAUUUCUGGAAACAUUCAAAAUUUGGGGCUUAUUCGCAUUCUUGACUACUCUCUCAAUGAUAUUCCAAACAAGUCAGAAAAGUAUUUAAUCGUGACAAAAUGUGAGGUGGUUUCUCCUGCUCUAGAAAAGGAGGUAAAAACUGAGGUUAAGACAGAGGAAGCAGGUACUAUUUUAAAACCGAAGGUAGAGCUUGACGAUAAGAGCACAUUUAACAAUGGUUCUGGUAUUAUUCUGAAACCAAAGCAAGAAUUGGUUGCUAAAUCAGCUGCUCAGAUUGUACACGAGCAGCGUAUGAACAUGGCACCAGCUGCCCGGAUGUCCAUGACAAGGCGAGUUCAGCCCCUUGUCUACUUAAACCCUUACCUGGGAGAUUGGACCAUCAAAGUUCGUGUUACUGACAAGGGAAACCUGCGUACAUACAAAAAUGCUCAAGGAGAAGGUUGUGUUUUCAAUGUGGUGUUGACAGAUGAAGAUGGUACACAAAUACAGGCAACGAUGUUCAAUGAUGCUGCAAGGAAGUUCUAUGAAAAGUUUUCCCUCGGCAAAGUCUAUUAUGUUUCCAGGGGAACUUUGAAAGUUGCCAAUAAGAAAUUCAAGACAGUUCAAAAUGAUUAUGAAAUGACUUUGAAUGUGAAUUCUCAAGUAGACGAGGUCAGCAAUGAAGCUGCUUUUGUUCCUGAAACAAAAUAUAAUUUUGUCAAGAUUGAUAUGUUAGGUCCUCACGUGAAUGGAAGAGAUCUCGUUGAUGUAAUUGGAGUUGUUCAAAAUGUUUCUUCUACAAUGAGCAUUCGAAGAAAAAUCAACAAUGAGACAGCUCCAAAACGUGAUGUAACCAUUGCUGAUGAAACGAAGAAGACAGUUGUGAUAUCUUUGUGGAAUGAUCUUGCAACCACUGUGGGGCAGGAGUUGCUUGACAUUGCCGACCAAUCUCCUAUAAUCGCAUUGAAAUAUCUUAGAGUUGGAGACUUUCAAGGUGUAUCUUUGUCGACAAUAAGCAGGAGCUCAAUUACAAUAAACCCAGACAUAAAGGAAGCACAUGAUUUGAGAUCAUGGUAUGACUCUGAAGGUAAAGCCGUAUCCAUGUCUUCUGUAAGCUCCGGCCUGAGCCCAUCAACCAAGAGCGGUUCUAGGUCCAUGUACUCUGACCGGAUUUCCUUAUCUCAUAUACUCGAAAACAAAUCUUUGGGAGAAGAAAAGCCCACGUUCUUUAGCAUUAGAGCAUAUGUCAGCUUUAUCAAACCCGAUCAAACAAUGUGGUAUCGUGCUUGCAAAACAUGCAACAAGAAGGUGACUGAAGCCAUCGGAUCUGGAUAUUGGUGUGACAAUUGCCAGAAAAACGAUGAAGAAUGCAGUUUAAGGUACAUAAUGGUUGUGAGAGUAUCUGAUGCAAGUGGUGAAGCUUGGGUCUCUACAUUCAACGAAGAAGCAGAGAGAAUUAUGGGAUGCUCUGCUGAUGAACUUGAUCAGCUCAAAUCGCAGAUUGGUGAGGAGAAUUCAUAUCAACUUAAACUCAAAGAAGCCACAUGGGUUCCCCACUUGUUUCGAGUUAGCGUUUCUCAGAACGAAUACAACAAUGAGAAGAGACAAAGGAUCACCGUCAGGUCAGUUGCUCCAGUUGAUUUUGCUGCUGAGUCCAGAUUUUUGCUAGAAGAGAUAGCAAAAAUGAAAGCUUCGUAAAAAGAGUUCAUGACAAACCCAUGACUAUCUUAAUUAACUUUAGGACUUUAGUAGAAAAUGUAAAUUAAAGCAUCAAUUUAACAUCCUUUUUUUUUUGUUGGUAGUAGAGACCUUGGGGAAUGUUUUUAUUUACCAUAUCAUGUUUUUUUGCUUAUACUACAACUAUUUUACAUCUUAUGGUGUAUAUGGAUGCUUUUAGUGCAUAGAAGCUUAGUUAUGGUUCAUUCACUAUAAACAUUAUUUCUAGAAAUGAUGUGCAGGUUUUCACACUUUUCUUUUUUCUA